AGUCGCCGUACAACGUCUGCUGCCGAUCUGCUUCCGUGUACGUUUUGGCUAACCAAAAUGCUUCACUAAAAACUAAAAUAAUAAUCAUUCCUAAAUUAUUACAAAACGAAGUUGAAGCUUUACAUUCAUGCGAUAGAUGACGUCAUUAUGCCGUAAAUAAUCACGCCACUUAAAAAUUACUUCAUGGGAUAGUCACAGUACGCCCUAGGACAGCUUUACUGCCUAGCUUAGCUUAGCUUGCUAGCCGCUAACAAAAAGACUCGUUUGUUAUCAAUACAUCGCUAAGCAGAGAUCACGUGUGAGUGUAAAGUGUUGUGCUUAUCAUGUGAAAAUGUGCGCAAAAAGUGUGAAGGAAGAGUACGAGGAGCAACUUUGUGGAACAAAAGAGGAGAGCGAGCAACAACGUCAACUUUUGGACGCAGUUUGCAAGCAGCCUCAAGUUGCGUUAAUACACAGAGCAGAUGUCGUUGAAGAUCUUCAUCCUGAGCAGCAGGAGUCAGAGCCCCACCACAUGAAAGACGAAGAGGACCCACAGCCCGCCUGCAUUAAAGAGGACGGCAACAUCACCGCAUUGCAGUUCCCUUGUAUCGUGAAGAUUGAAGCUGAUGAAGAAGAGGGGGAUGAAGACCACUAUGGAGGAUCACAGGCUGUCUAGCCUCUUAGCUCCACAAUGUGAGAGUGACAACAUAAUGUCGCACUCUUCUGACACUGAUAAUGAAGAACACUCUAAAGGUGAUAUGACAUGUCACCAUGACAACAAAUACUUGACAUGUCCUCAGUGUGACAAAACAUUUGGUUCCAAGGUCACUUUGAGAGGGCACAUGAGAACGCACAGAGAGAGACCUUUUGCCUGUUCAGUUUGUGGUAAACAAUUCACUCGGAAGGCAGAUUUAAAAAUACACGCAAGAACACACACUGGGGAGAAACCUUUUGCAUGUUCAAUUUGUGGUAAAGGGUUCUCUGUGAAGAGAAAUUUAAUCAUACACACGAGAACACACACUGGGGAGAAACCGUUUUCCUGCUCGAUCUGCAACUCCAGUUUCAGUGAACGUUCCAAACUGGUUAAACACUCAAGAAAACACAGUGGCGACAAACCUUUUGCUUGCUCAGUGUGUGGUAGAAGAUUCGCUGUAAAGGAACAUUUAAGAACACACACAAGAACAUACACUGGGGAGAAACCUUUUCCAUGCUCAUUUUGUUAUAAAAGAUUUGGUCAGAAAAGAUGUUUAAAUAGACACACAAGAAAACACACUGGGAAAAAAUAUUUUGUCUGCUUAGUCUGCACCUAGCGUUUCAGUGUUCAAUCAAAAUUGGUUAAACACAUGAGAGCACACACUGAUGAGAAGAUUUACCAUUGCAAUGUGUUUAAGGUUAUCUUUUAAUUAUCAGUUUGUAUGCAUGCUUGAUCUCUUUCUUUUGCUCAAGGGCGACAUCUCGUGAUCCAUCCAUCUAUCCGUUUUAAGCAAUCAUCAUUGAUGCGUUUUCACCACCUCUUUUGUGUGUAAAAAAAAGAAUAUUUUUUCCUAAUGACUUCCGUGAUACUAAAAAUAAUUGUAGAAUUAUAUGUAAGGAUUAAGAUAGCGGAUUUUUGUUGGAUGAAAUUACAUAGUUUGGUGGAACAUUUUAGUUUAGAUGUACAGUUUAUAAUUCUCUUUUAUGUGUAAGUUUUACAGUAAACUUCAACUGGGCGAUAAUACAAAUAAAGCAGCAAGCCUGCUGUACCUCUUACUUACAUGUACCGGGAACAUUUUAGUUUUGUGUGGGCAUGCUUGAUGAAGUUUAGCUAUGAAAUCAGAUUUCUGCCAAAAAGAUUCACACAAAACUUUAUAAAUCGCAAACGCGAUGACGACUUUUGCAUUUGCGUUUGUUUUUUUCGGUUCCGUUUUUUGUUUUUUUCACUUAAGUUUCAGUUUUUGUUAUUUUUUUCGUUUAUGGUUUCAGUUUUACGUUUCUUUUUUUUCGCUGACUUUUGGCACAAACCUCACGGGUGGGUGGGCUUUAUGAGGAAUGUGUCCUCAUUGGCUAAUUUGUUUUGAGCGACAGCUAAUGCCCCCGGAUGUGAUUUUUGAUUUUUUUUUUUUCACUUCACACUUUUUUAUUUUUUUCACGUCACACUGACUUCACAUGGGCUCACCACCUGUGGGAGGUACCAUAGGGGUCGGGUGCAGUGUGAGCAAGGCGGUGACCGAAGGCGGGGACCUUGGUGAUCCGAUCCCCGGCUACAGAAGCUGGCUCUAGGCACGUGGAAUGUCACCUAUCCGGCAGGGAAGGAGCCCAAGCUGAUGUGCGAGGUUGAGAAAAAAUUAAUAAACUACAUUUUCAUAAUACGAAGAUUCGCGUCAUCUAAUGACCAACAGUGGGCGGGGCGAGGCGUCUUGACGUCAUGAAGGAUGUGACGUCGCUCAGACUACAAAGGCCUGGGCUUCCCUAAAUAAUUCUUCCUGAAUUAAUACUGAAUUUAUUCAUGCCUCGACCCAGUACGUCGCUACUUUACUGGACUUAAACACCACCAGGAAAUUUAAGACUUCGUGUCAGGAUUAAAAACUCGCCUGGGUGCACUUUGAAGCUUCUGCAGCUAGCUUAGUUUAGCUCAGUUUGCUAGCUGUGAACAAAGAGGCACGUUUGUGAGCAACACAUCGCUCAGCACAGAUAGCGUGUCCGUAAAAGGUGUCGUGAAAAUGUGGGCAAAAAGUGUGAAAGAAGAACAGUACCAGGAGGAAUUCGCUGGAACUGAAGAAAACGAGCGACAAAGUCAACAACUGGACGCCGUUUUCAAGAAGCCUCAAGUUGUGUUACGCAGGGCAGGUCAACUGGAGGAACUGACGAAGCCCGUUCGGAUGAGAGGCGAAACAUCUUCUAAGACAACCAGAACAAUCCAGUUGCGAUUGAUUCAAUACCUCAGUGAAGAAGAUCUUCAUCCUGAGCAGCAGGAGUGGGGCUCCAGGCACGAGCCAGGUUCCCUCCAAAUCAAAGAGGAAGAGGAGCCAGAGUCCCGCUGCAUUAAAGAAGAGGAGGAGGACGCUGACAUCACUGAGUUGCCUUGGUCUUGCGUCAUUGUGAAGCUUGAAGGUGAUGGAGAAGAGGGUGAUGAAGACCACUGUGGAGGAUCACAAGCAGAAAGCUUCUUAGCGCCACAAUCACAUAGUGGCGACACAACGUCAGAUGAUGAGGAGGAGGAGGAGGAGGAAUUCUCUAAAGGUGAUAUGUCUCAUGACAGGGACAACAAACACUUGAAGUGCUCCCAGUGUGACAAAACGUUUAGUGCAAAGUACGCUUUGAGAGUGCACAAGAGAACACACGCUGGUAAGGAACGAUUCUCCUGCUCAUUUUGUGGUAAAAGAUUCAUUCAGAAGGGGCAUUUCAACGCACACACUAGGACACACACUGGGGAGAAGCCUUUUUCCUGCUCAGUUUGUGGUAAAAGAUUCACUCAGAAGGGACAUUUCAACGCACACACAAGGACACACACUGGGGAGAAGCCUUUUUCCUGCUCAGUUUGUGGUAAAAAAUUCACUCAGAAGGGACAUUUCAACACACACACGAGGACACACACUGGAGAGAAGCCUUUUGCCUGCUCAGUUUGUGGUAAAAGAUUCACUCAGAAAGGAUAUUUGGGAACACACGCAAGGACACACACUGGAGAAAACCCUUUUGCUUGCUCAAUUUGUGGUCUUACACUUACUCAGAAGUCCAAUUUAAUAAUUCACACGAGGACACACACUGGAGAGAAACCUUUUGCUUGCUCAGUUUGUGGUAAAAGUUUCUCAAUCAAGAAAAGUUUAAUAGUCCACACGAGAACACACACUGGGGAGAAGCCUUUUGCCUGCUCAGUUUGUGGUCAUAGCUUUUCUACAAAGGGACAUUUAAGAAGACACACAAGAACACACACUGGAGAGAAACCUUUUUCCUGCUUAGUGUGUGGUCUUCGAUUAACUCAAAAGAAUAAUUUAACUAAGCACAUGAGAACGCACACUGGGGAGAAACCUUUUGCGUGCUCGGUUUGUGGUAAAACAUUCGCCCAGAAGGCACAAUUAAACACACACACAAGAACACACACAGGGGAGAAACCCUUUUCCUGUUCAGUCUGCACCUACAGCUUCAGUGAACGUUCAAAACUGGUUAAGCACAUGAGAACACACACUGGUGAGAAAGUGUACUGCUGCAGUGUGUGUGAUAAAAGAUUCUCUCAUAAGUAUCAGCUUGACAAACAUGGGUGUUUUGGUCAACCAGUGAUGGCUUUGAGUAUCGUAUAAUAUUUAAGAAUUCUUGGGUGUAUAAACACAAGUUCCUAUUAUUACUGGCAUAUAUAUGUUGCUACUCAUUUACAGUGAAUACUUUGACUUGCAAGUUUAAUUUAUUUCUUGAUUAGGCUUUUAACUCAAUUUACUGACCCACUGAAUGAAUGGAAAUGUCACUAAUCUGUUAAAGCUCCCCCCCCCCCAAAAAAACAAGAUUUUGUUUUGUUUGUAUUAAAGAAAAUAAUACUUUAAUAUAUAAUAAAAAAGACUGUAAAGAAAUAUUCUUGUUUUAUCAAUUGUGAUUACUGUACAUCCUGUAGUAUUUACGUGUUGGAGGUGUGCCUUUAAGGGCCUCAUUCUGAUUGUAAUGGGGGAGGGAAAGUUUCUCGGUUCAUUCGUAUUGUAAAUACCAAAUUGUCAAAAAGGGUAUCGAUUGAGAUAGAUAUUGAUAUACAUUGGAAAAAAAUCAAAAUAAAAACCACAUUUAAACUGGGCGUCAUGGUGGACGACUGGUUAGAGCGUCUGCCUCACAGUUCUGAGGACCUGGAUUCAAUUCCCGGCCCCGCCUGUGUGGAGUUUGCAUGUUCUCCCUGUGCCUGGGUGGGUUUUCUCCAGGCAUUCCGGUUUCCUCCCACAUCCCAAAAACAUGGAUGGUAGGUUAAUUAAAGACUCUAAAUUGCCCGUCGGUGUGAAUGUGAGUGUGGAUGGUUGUUUGUUUGUCUGUGCACUGCGAUUGGCUGGCAACCAGUUCAGGGUGUAGCCCGCCUCCUUCCCGAAGAUAUCUAGGAUAGGCUCCAGCACUCCCGCGACCCUUGUGAGGAUAAGCGGCUCAGAAAAUGGAUGGAUGGAACAUUUAAACUAGUUGGGAGUGGAUGUUUCCAUUCUGGCAGUUUGCAUGCCUUGAGUGUGUGUGUCUUUCAAGACUUUAUAAAGUGAAAAGAAAACUUAUUUUAAAUUUGACACACCACAGAGAUGAGUGUUGUUAACAAGCAUGCCAAAUUUGAAUUAAUAAAAAAAAAAUGCCAAGUGUUUAAAAUGCGGCUCCAAAAUUGUAAAAUAUAGUGAUCUAUCAGCUGUUUGAUGCCUCGGGCAUGUUGCUGAAGGCGUUUUGUUGCUGCAUCUACUCCCGACCUUCAGCUUAUGUUUUCUGCCCGAUUACAUCAUUUAUACAUUUUGGGACAUGGGAUCAAUUACACAUCAAAUUUUCAGUUUCUGAAAGAGGCCUUGAAGGGCUAGCACUUUUUUAUAGCAAAUGAAUGAAGCAUUUUUUAUAUUAAAAAUUGGAGAUAGAUACCCUAUGCUGACCAUGGAGAAGAAUUACAUUUUAUUUUAAGAAGCGGAAUCUCCCCCAUCUUGCUGUAGAAAGACUGCACUAUGAGCAAUACUGUAAAGGUGAGGAAGUGUGCUUCUGAAAAUACUAAAGCAUUUAGUUUUGGGGAUAUUUUCCAACCUGUCCAUUGUGUAAACAAACUGAAAUUUAAAUAUACAAAUGAAUGAUAUUUUAUUCCGACUGAACUAAUUUCUUGGACAAAAACGCUAUGCAGUCAAAGAAGCAAAACAAUACAAACAUAUAUUAACAAUUGAAGACUUGUCUGUAACUGGCGACGAACCAGCUGAAAAGGAAACAAAAUCGAGUCAACACUCCGCACCAGAUGAUGGCAGGAAAACGCCUAAACCAUCAUUACAGAGACGAGGAAGAAAAAGACGCCGAAGAAGACCGAAACAGAAAAAGACGAAGAGGAAGAAACCGUUAGCAAGCAUGAUUGUUGGGAACGAUAGCAGAAUACGAGGGGGAACUUUGUCGGACGAGAGAGGAGAACGAGCGACAGCGUCAACUAUUGGACGCUGUUUUCAAGCCUCAAACUGAGUUCCACAUGGCAGAUGUCAUUGAAGAAGAUCUUCAUCGCGAGCAGCAGGAGUGGCGCACCAAAGUGGAAGACGAUGAGGGUGAUAUCAUCAAGUUAGCGUUGACGGGUGUCCCUGUGAAGAGUGAAGAUGAUGAAGGUGAUGGAGACCAGGAGACAGCCUCAUGCCUCCACUACCAAAUCGUGGCGACAUAACGUCACACUCUCCUGACACUGACGAUGGACACUCUAAAGGGGAAAUUACACCUUUAGAGUCUUCUCACUGUGGGAAAAUGUUUAUUUGCAAGAAAAAU